AUGGCCCGUGGACCCAAAAAGCAUUUGAAGCGUCUCGCCGCGCCGUCCUCAUGGAUGCUGGACAAGCUCAGCGGCACCUACGCCCCUCGCCCUUCUCCUGGUCCCCACAAGCUCCGCGAAUCCCUUCCUCUCACCAUCUUCCUUCGUAACCGCCUCAAGUAUGCUUUGACUGGCAAGGAGGUGUUGUCGAUUGUCAUGCAGCGCCUGAUCAAGGUCGACAACAAGGUCCGGACCGACCCCACUUACCCGGCGGGCUUCAUGGAUGUCAUUUCGAUUGAGAAGUCUGGCGAGCACUUCCGUCUCCUCUACGACGUCAAGGGUCGUUUCACCAUCCACCGCAUCACCCCCGAGGAGGCAACUUACAAGCUCCUCAAAGUGCGCAAGGUCGCAAUUGGAAACAAGGGUGUCCCCCAUAUUGUCACCCACGACGGCCGCACCAUUCGCUACCCCGACCCUCUGAUCAAGGUCAACGACACCGUCCGUUUCGACCUCGAGCAGGGCAAGAUCACCGACUUUGUCAAGUUCGACACUGGCAACCUUGCGUUCAUCACCGGUGGCCGCAACAGGGGACGCUGUGGUGUCAUCACACACCGUGAGAAGCACGUCGGUGGCUUCGACAUCGUUCAUGUCAAAGAUUCCAUGGAGCGCACUUUCGCUACGCGGAUUUCCAACAUCUUUGUCAUCGGGGAGGGCAUCAAGGCGUGGGUUUCCCUGCCCAAGGGCAAGGGUAUCAAGCUCACUAUUGCGGAGGAGCGCGAUGUCCGGAGGAGACAGCGUGCCGCCGAGCAAUAG